AUGGCAGACUCGUUCGCUGACCUUUGGAAGUCAACAGCGCCAAGUACAACCUCAACCCUACAGGAUAAAAAAAAGCUUGGUUCAAUACCACCCAGAUACCAACAACCUGCUCCCAAGCACGACGCAUUCUCUCUCCUCGCCUCUUCCUCAUCGUCCUCUAACCACAAUUCUGCACCUACUUCCAGAUCCAUAACACCCGCCUCCAACCCUGCUAAGCAAUCAUCGGGGCGUGGCGAUGCUUUUGGCGAUCUGCUCUCCUUGUCUGGCGUGACCCCUAAUGCGAGUACGAAUAUGACCAUAGCUGAGAGGCAGCGGAUGCUACAGCAGCGUCAAGCUUCUUCCUUAAAAUUAACGUCCAACACUUUGGGAUCAAGCGAUAACAUGGGCCAGUGGAAGGGGCUCGAUUCCCUCGUAGCUGCAUCUUCUACCGCUUCUGGGACCACGCCGUUAGUAAAUCAGGAUGACGAUUGGGGGCUGGGUGAUUUCGCGUCAGUCCCAGCUACGACGGCUACGCCAGUACCAAAGCCCGCCGCAGGUACGAAAUUGUUGUGGGAUGUGGAUGACUUUACUUCUCCCCCUGCUCCCUCCCAACCCCGCUCAAACGUAUCUCAAUCCGCGUCAAAUCGAUCUACUCCUCAGUUGAAUAAACCAUCCCAGCCUGCUGCGGCAAAGACCUUGUGGGAUCUCGAGGAGUUUACUUCUCCCUCCUCUUCCUCUGUUCACCCAUCAUCUUCCUCCACGAAGACAAAGACGAUGGAAUCCACAUUCGAUUCCCCAGAAGACGACUUUGAUUUUGGAUCACGCGAAGAUCGAGAUUUGGAAGAGAAUCGUCCUAAGCAAAACCAUUCCUGGUCCGACGCGACUGCAUCCUUUUCAAACCAUGACCCCAUUCACGAACAAGACGGGGAUGAAGAUGAUAUCCUAGGUUUACUCAGCAAACCUGUUGACGAGGUCGUUACUAAACAGGCUCCAACAACACUCCGCGCGUCUACAUCCAUCCAACCUUCCCGCUCGUCCUCAUCGCCUCAGCCACCCUCCUCCCCGCCUCCCCACAUUCUCGGCCAAUUAGUCGAAAUGGGCUUCUCCAUCCCCCAGGCUAAAGCAGCGCUUGCCCAAACGCCUGGGGGCGCGGAUGUGCAGAUGGCUUUGGAGACGUUAUUGAACGGUGGUGGGUCGGAUGGGCCUCGAUUCCGAGAAGCGGGGGAAGACGGCCAAGUGCAAAAUCCGACACGCGAUGCACUUAGAGCUGGACACCCCAGACACCAGCCUGGUUCUGGUUCUCGCACUCCUCAACAACAGCAGCAACCCGCGAAUAUCCAAGACCAAGCGGAUAAACUGCUAGCCCAGGCAAGCGAAAUUGGCUUGAGUGUGCUGAGCAAGGCGAGCUUGUUCUGGAAGGAGGGGAGAAAGGUCGUUGCGGAGAACGUGCAGAAGGUUGUUGUGGAUAAUGUGCAAAAGGCUGUUGUUGAGGAUGAUGGGAGAGGUGUGAGGGGGAAGGGAAAAGUUAAAGGGCAGAUGAAUGGGAGGCCCAAGUGGAUGCAGGAAGGAGGGGGUGGGCAUGAUGAUGAGGAAGAAAUUCAUGCUAAUGGUGAUGGUGGGUUCAAAGAUGAUUUAUCGCCUGUGGAAGAAAGAGGACGAGAGCAGCCCCCUCCACAAGCGAAUCAACCCCCACCACGGGAGGAAGAACCUGUCAUCGAUUUGUUCGCUCCUGUACCAGUCACACACCAAGAGCCACCACGCACGACGCCUUACGUCUCCCCCUGGCGGCGCGGCAAACCAACCUCUUCCACACCCUCCCCAGCCCCAGUCCAAGUUCCUCAACCUACCCGCACACUCCACUCCAUACCCCUCCCCACUCUGCACCAAGCACGCGCGCACAAGACACGCGGCACAGAGCUCUUCAAGCUCGGUCAGUUCUCUGGUGCCUGCGACGCCUAUUCAGCCGCCAUCGCGCUCUUACCGGAGGGACACCUUCUCCUCGUGCCGCUCUAUACGAACCGCGCAUUGGGGAGGUUGAGGGUGGGUGAUUAUGCGGGUACCAUUGAGGAUGCGGGGGGUGCUUUGGGGAUUGUUGGGACCGGUGCUCCCCCGUUUGUUGGUAGUGGUGAGGGAGGGGGAGGUGGAUGGGGAGAUCCGUAUGGGCGAGGCGUGGAUCUUACGGAUGGAUGGGUGAAGGCGCUGAAAAGACGUGCAGAGGCGUGGGAGGGGCGGGAGAAGUGGGAUGAGGCGAGGAAGGAUUGGGAGACUUUGUUGGGUGCUAGUGGGGUGGGACAGGGUGUGAAAGGGGAGGCGGGGAGGGGGGUUGAGAGAUGUAGAAGGAUGGUUAUGGGUGAAAGUGAGAGUGGAACGAAACCACAGGCGAAACCGAAACCGAAACCAAAGCCGAAACCCGCUUCGUUGAAGGCACACAACAGUCAACAGCCGUCUCAGGCUCUGCAAAGCCUGCGUGCGUCUUCGCAAGCUCUGGAAUCAGAGGAAGAGUUGAAGGCGUCGUUGAAGGACACCGUAGACGCACAGUUGCUGGCGUGGAAGGGAGGCAAGGAGACGAAUAUCCGUGCAUUACUUGCGUCGCUUGACACGGUGCUUUGGGAGGACAUCGUCAAGGACAUGGGUGGGAAAGUGGCGCUGAGCGAACUGGUGCUUGAGGGGCAGGUGAAGAAGAAGUAUAUGAGGGCUGUGGGGAGGGUGCAUCCUGACAAGCUUAACACGGGGAACUCGACGGUUGAGCAGAGGAUGCUCGCGAAUGGGGUGUUUGGGGCGUUGAAUGAGGCUUGGAAUGCUUUCAAGUAA